AUGAUUCGACGUUCUUUGCUCCAGCUCUCAAGAAAUCUGAAUAGAACAACACGUUUGAAGAUGCCAAUCAAAGUCGGUGAUACUCCUUCAAUUGAAGUUCACGAAGGUACUCCAGAAGAAAAGGUCAAUAUAUUGGAGCUAUUCAAGGGUAAGAAAGGCAUCCUCUUUGCAGUUCCAGGUGCAUUUACUCCUGGAUGUAGUAAGAUUCAUUUACCAGGAUAUGUUGAAGAUUUUGACAAGUUAAAGGCGAAUGGAUAUGAUGUAAUCGCUUGUCUAUCAGUAAAUGAUACAUAUGUUAUGAGUGCUUGGGGAGAAUCUGCUCAAGCCACUGGCAAGAUUCGAAUGCUAGCAGAUCCUUACCGAGAAUUCACUAAGGCUGUUGAUCUUGAGCUUGAUCCUUCAUUAUAUCCAGCCUUGGGCAAUAUCCGUUCUAAAAGAUACUCUAUGGUUGUUGAAGAUGGAGUUGUAAAGGAAUUAAAUAUUGAACCUGAUAGCACUGGGCUAAAUGUCAGCUUAUCAUGUAAUCUUGUCAAGAAAUCAUGA